UCCUGUGUGUGUUGGAGAUUCCUUAUUCUCUGGACCUUGUAUACAGAGGAGAUAGAGAUAUAUAUAUGUGACAGUCACUGCUGAGCUGCGUUACAUUGUGUUGGUGCAGUGUUUGCUCCGCCCCAUAUGACUGUAUUACACAUGUAUGUCGGUGACUGCGGCUGUAGCGGUGUUGGCGGUUGUAUUGUCCUCUAUGGGAUAUAACCAGUGUUAUCCGCCAUUACUAAUACACCCCAGUUGUCUCCUCUUCCCCUGAAUGACCCCAAGGAUGGAGAAGGACAGGAAUGAGAUGACUAAGAGAAUAUUACACUUCACCUUGGAGAUCCUCCACCUGCUGACCGGAGAGGAUUAUACCAUAGUGAAGAAGACAUCGGGGGAGUGUGUGGCCCCCAGCAGCCAUCUCCAUGAGUCAGGAGGACAGAGCAGGGCCCGGGGCCCCAUCACGGAGCCUCCACCUCACUCACUGAUACAUGAGGAGAAGAUCCUAGAACUCAUCCACAGGAUCACUGAGCUGCUUACUAGAGAGGUUCCUAUAAGGUGUCAGGAUGUGGCGGUCUAUUUCUCCAUGGAGGAGUGGGAGUAUGUAGAAGGACACAAGGAUCUGUACCAGGACAUAGUCAUGAUGGAGGAUCACCGGCCCCUCACAUCACAAGUUGGAGUCAUUGAGAGAAAUUCACCCGAGAGGUGUCCCCGUCCUCAGUAUUCCCAGGACUGUCCAGAGGGAAAUGUCCCAGAGAACCAACAGGAUGAAGAUCUGAUGGAUAUUAAGGUUGAGGUUAUAGAUAAAGAGGAGGAGGCGGGUGUCAUGGCCGAUCAGCAGGAUGGAGUCAUUGAUAGAAAUCCACCCGAGAGGUGUCCCCGUCCUCUGUAUGCCCAGGACUCUCCAGAGGGAAAUGUCCCAGAGAACCAUCAGGGUGAAGAUCUGAUGGAUAUUAAGGUUAAGGUUAUAGAUAAAGAAGAGGAGAAGAUGGAUUUUCUCGCUGAUCAUCAGUAUGCACUUACAAAUCCACCCGAGAGGUGUCCCCAUCCUCUCUAUUCCCAGGACUGUGCAGAGGGAAUUGUCCCAGAGAACCAGGGUGAAGAUCUGAUGGAUAUUAAGGUUGAGGUUAUAGAUGAAGAGGAGGAGACGGGUGUCAUGACUGAUCAGCAGUAUGGAGACAUUGAUAGAAAUUCACCCGAGAAGUGUCCCCGUCAUCUGUAUUCCCAGGACUGUCCAGAGGGAAAUGUCCCAGAGAACAAUCAGGGUGAAGAUCUGAUGGAUAUUAAGGCUGAGGUUAGAGAUGAAGCAAAAGAAAAGAUGGCAUUCCUGGCCGAUCAUCAGUAUGCACUCAGAAUUCCACCCGAGAGGUGUCCCCGCCCUCUGUAUUCCCAGAACUGUCAAGAGGAAAAUGUCCCAGAGAAGCAUCAGGGUGAAAAUCUGAUCGAUAUUAAGGUUGAGGUUAUAGAUGAAGAAGAGGAGAUGGGUGUCCUGGCCGAUCAGCAGAAUGGAGUAAUUGAUAGAAAUCCAACCGAGAGGUGUCCCUGUCCUCUGUAUUCCCAGGACUGUCCUGAGCGAAAUGUCCCAAAGAACCAUCAGGGUGAAGAUCUGAUGGAUAUUAAGGUUGAGGUUGUAGAUGAAGAAGAGGAGGAGACGGGUGUCAUGGCCGAUCAGCAGUGUAAGGAGGAGACUUUCCUCGGUGUAAAAGAUGGAGUCAUUGAUAGAAAGCCACCUGAGAGGUGUCCCCGUCCUCUGUAUUCCCAGGACUGUCCAGAAGGAAAUGUCCCAGAGAACCAUCAGCCUGAAAAUCCAGUUGAUAUUAAGGUUGAGGUUAUAGAAGAAGAAGAGGAGACGGGUGUCAUGGCCGAUCAUCAGUGUGGGGUCAUGGAUGUAAAUCCACCCGAGAGGUGUCCCCGUCCACUGUAUUCCCAGGACUGUGCAGAGGGAAAUGUCCCAGAGAAUCAUCAGGUUGAAGAUCUGAUGGAUAUUAAGGUUGAGGUUAUAGAUGAAGAAGAAGAGGAGGAGACGAGUGUCAUGGCCGAUCAGCAGGAUGGAUUCAUGGAUAGAAAUCCACCCGAGAGGUGUCCCCGCCCUCUGUAUUCCCAGGACUGUCCAGAGGGAAAUGUCCCAGAGAAGCAUCAGGGGGGAGAUCUGACUAAUAAUAAAGUGGAGGAUGAAGAAGAGAGGAUGAGCGGCCAUCACCCGUGUAUGAGGGAAGUGAAGGAGGAAAUUCCAGGAGGUGUUACCCCAGAAAAUCCCAGUAAGAACUUGUCAUCCCUGAAUAACGAAUCUGAAGACGAUGACGAUCUGGUGCCGCACUCUUCAGGAGACCGCCUCACCCUAAAUGAAGAUUCGGAGAAGUUUCCUAGGAAGAAAAGCUCAGGUCUUUUUACGCACAGAAGGAUUAAGAGACGACCAAAGCCAUUUUUGUGUUUUCAGUGUGGGAAAUGUUUUGCCGGGAAAAAAACUUUUCUUAAACAUCAGCAAAAUCAUGGCCGAAAGAAGGCGUGUCCGUGUCCAGUAUGUGGGAAAUAUAUUUCAUUGAAAUGGAAUCUUGUGAAACAUAUGAGAACUCACACAGGGGAGAAGCCGUAUUCGUGUUCAGUGUGUGGGAAAUGUUUUGCAAAUAAAUCAAAUCUUAUUACACACAAGAGAAGUCACACCGAAAAUAAGCCGUAUCCAUGUUCAGAAUGUGGGAAAAGUUUUAUAUCAAGACAACAUCUUGAAAAACAUAUGAGAACUCACACAGGAGAGAAACCAUUUCCAUGUCCAGAAUGUGGAAAAUGUUUUGCAACAAAAACAACUCUUGUAAAACAUGUAAGAAUUCACACAGGAGAGAAGCCGUAUCCAUGUUCAGAAUGUGAGAAAGGUUUUAAUACUAAAGAAGCACUCAAGGUUCAUCAGAGACUUCACACAGGAGAAAGACCAUUUCUAUGUUCAGAAUGUGGAAAAUGUUUUAUAUCAAAAUCAAGUCUUGCCAAACACGCAAAAAGUCACUCAAUAGAGGAGCAAUUCAACAACUUAAAUGUUGUUAUACACCAGAGAAUUCACAAAGGAGAGAAGCCUUUUUCAUGUACAGAAUGUGGAAAAGGUUUUUUUAGUAAAGAAAAACUCAAAGUCCAUGAGAGAAGUCACACAGGGGAGAAGCCGUAUUCAUGUUCAGAAUGUGGGAAAUGUUAUUCAUCAAAAUCACAUUUUGUAAAUCAUCAGAAAAGUCACACAGGAGAAAAGCCAUUUGUAUGUUUAAAAUGUGAGAAAUGUUUUAUGGCUAAAUCGGAUCUUAUUAGACACGAGAGAUGUCACACAGGAGAGAAGCCAUAUUCGUGUUCAGAAUGUGGAAAAAAGUUUACAUGUAAUUCACAUCUUGUAAAUCAUAUGAGAAUUCACACAGGAGAGAAGCCUUUUUCAUGUUCAGAAUGUGGGAAAUGUUUUACAGGUAAAUCUAGCCUUAAUAAACAUCAGAAAAAUCACACAGGAGAGAAGCCGUAUUCAUGUUUAGAAUGUGGGAAAUGUUUUACAAAUAAUUCUAGUCUUCUUAAACACGAGAGAAUUCACACAGGAGAGAAGCCUUAUUCGUGUCCAGAAUGUGGGAAAUGUUUUACAGGUAAAUCUAGUCUUACUAAACAUCAGAAAAAUCACACAGGAGAGAAACCAUAUUCAUGUUCAGAAUGUGGGAAAUGUUUUACAAAUAAAUCUAGUCUUGUAAAACAUCAAAGAAAUCACACCGGAGAGAAACCUUUUUCGUGUUCACUAUGUGGGAAAUGUUUUACAGAAAAGUCUAAUCUUAUUAGACAUCAGAAAAUUCACACAGGGGAGAAGCCGUAUUCAUGUUCAGAAUGUGGGAAAUGUUUUUCAAAUAAAUCAAGUCUUAUUAAACAUGUGAGAAUUCACACCGGGGAGAAGCCUUAUUCAUGUUAGGAAUGUAGGAAAUGCUGUAAGAGCAAACAAAAAAAUCUUCACCCGUCAGGUUAUUGACAGAUAUUAUACAGACAGGAAGAGGUUUAUUAAUGUGGAAUUAUCCAAAUGAUCUUUAUCUGAGGUCACUGGGAUCAGGGAGGGAAAGUAUUGUGGAUACGAGGACGGUUUCCAUCCCUGAUCCUCCCGUAUCCUCACCAGGGGACGUCCUGUGGGACGGACACCGUGUAAACUGAUGUAACAAAUGAAUAUUUCUUCAUACAGAAUAAAAAGAUAAAAACCUUUAUAUUUAUUUGUCUAUUGUUUAUUGUCUAUGCUGUUUCCUUCUGUGGCUGGAAUACCUAGUACUGCCCCCUGCAGACCCCAGCAGGAUAUUUUGGC